AUGCCUCGGGGUGCCCCGACGCGCCUGCGAGGGAAGAGAACCGAAGGCGGUUCAAGCUCAGAAACCCGAAGGGAGGGGCCUGCGCGGCCUCCGCAGCCCGAGAGCUGCCCCUCCAGGCUUCGCAAGGUCCACGGCUCGACGGCCGGAAAGACGCCACCACCUGAGGCAGAGAUGCUUCUUAGUCCCCCCUUCCCCUUUCUCCCGCCCCAUCCUUCCUCGGUCUUUUUUCCCCCCGAAGCUGAAGCCCCAAGAGGGUGGGAGGUCGGCGAGAGGAGGAGGGGGGAGAAAAAAGAUGGCAAAAGGCAGGGGAACGUUGCCCUUCCAUCCACACACGGCCUCUCCCACAGCCUCCUUCCCGACGGUCGCAGCCCCGGGCCGAACCUCGACUCCCCGGCGGGCCGCGGCCACUUCCCAGCUAGAGCCAGGAGUGAGGCCACCGAGGGGGGGGCGGGGCGAGUCCCCGCCGCCCGCUCACCUGCUGGGGCCGCGGGCGGCGAGGCUGCGGUGGCGGGCCGGCCGCCUCUCUCCGCGUCCACGCAAGCCACCUGCGCCACCAGCUGCCGCAGAGGCGUCCCAACGGCUCCGAAUACCAACCGCCGCCGCCGCCGUCGCUGCGCUGCUCCCGCGCGGCUCCCGCUCGGCGCCCGCUAG